AUGUACCUAACAACACCCUAAAGAUAUCCAUUAUUCAAAGGUGUCCCCAAUUCUCCAGUCAUGCCUCGUCAAUUCUACUAAGCAUCCUCCCCUACAAUGAGUUUCGCCAACCCUUUCGUUUAGUAAAAUACUUAUCGUCCUCAUCCAUCUCUGCCCACAAGUCAAAGAGGCCCUAUUCCACCUCAAAAUCCAUAUCAAAGACCAUCAACUCCCCAAGCUCGAAUCACUGGAAAAACAGUACCCUCAAAUCCCCCUCCUCAAAGAGCGCAAGGAAGUUUGCCCAACAAUUUAACUCCAAAGGGAUAGAAUCCAUAAACCUUAAUCCAAAAUAAACCCUAUACAAGAACAAUGCCCUAACCUAAUAUUAAACCUCAAAGUGCACCCUAACCUAAUAUUAAACCUCAAAGUGCAAUCCCAGCUAACCAACAAUAAAUGAUAUAGUCAUUGAGCAAAGAAAAUUAAGAUUUAAAAAAGAAAUUGGCCGAAAAAGAUUUAGAAUUAUAAAAGUUGAAGACGAAGGAAGAAGCCUUGGAGUAGAAAUUCAAAGAAUUAUAAGAUUAAUAGAAGAGUUGA